CGUCUUCAAAAAAUCACAGGAGUCGAUCUCGACCUCGUCACGAUUCGGACUUCGAAUUCGAUAAUGCCGAACUCGACUUCCUCGAUGAUGACGAUGACGACGAAUAUGAUGAUGAUGAUGAUGAAGAUGCAACUGAAUACGAAUACGACAGUGACGAACUCUCUCAGGAUCGAGUGCUACGUCAGAGAGUUUCUUUAAGAACCAGAAAGAGACCAGCUAGACAUGUUGAUUCUGAUGACACGGAUACUGAGUUAGACUUGCAAGAUGAGGUGGCGGUCAACCACAGUGAUAAGUCAGGAAGAACACGGAGACAGCAAAAGGCAAAUUCCAGAACAGGGACAAGAACCGAUGCUGCCCAAAGUGAGGAAACCACUGAUGAUGACUUUGAUGCAGCUUUUUUCCGCCACGAAGAGUCUUCGUUAUUGAUACCAGCUGAGGUCAAGAAGAUUACCAUAAAUAAAACCACGGGAGAAACUGGGCUACAUAAAGCCGUUCGCCUCAAUUAUCUG